UUUUAAUUGUUUAAAAAUAGUAUUUUUUUAGUUCAACAAAAUACACGUUUGAAUGUAUUUAUAUUUGGUCAAAAGGAAUAGAGAAGUGCUUGCCGUUAUUUAUUAUGAUUCGCUCUUCGUAUACUUUCGUCCCAAGUCGGACGCGACGGCGCAACCAAUAAAAAUUCGUCUUUCGAUCACGCCACAUUCUGGUUGUCCUGUAAGGAAACACGUUUUGACGGUUCUUUUCCAGAAAGUUUUUGCCGUUGUGUUAAGAAGUUUUGUUUGUACCUAGGUACUGUUUUUUUAGUGUUAAUUAUAAUAUAAGAACAAUGACUUGGAAAGAGUUAUUGGUUGAAUGGAACUUGGAAAAAUAUAUUUCAAACUUUGAAGAAGAAGAAAUAGAUGAAAACUCAUUCUUUUUACUUGAAAAUUCGAGUUUGGAAAAAAUAAUUCCCAAAAUAGGACCACGAUUAUUUUUUUUAAAUAAAAUUAAAAACCAUCAAAAUAAAGUUAACCAAGUAAAUAUUAAGAAUCUAAAUAGUGAAUGCCAAGAUGAUACAAGUGCAUCUACUUCAGGAUCUGAAGGUUUUACUGUACUGGCAACAUAUGAUGCUCCAUUUGUUAAUAGGCAAACAUCAUUUGUCGGUUUGGAAAAUUUUUUAAAACCGAUAGAAUUUCCUGAUUUUGAUUUAAAAAAUCUAUUAGAAGUUACUCCGCUGGGAAACACAAUUUUACAAUAUUAUAAAAAAAACAAUUUGCUUGAUAACAGUAAAAAAACUCUUUUAGUCGAUAUAAUAAUGAAGAGGCUAUUUGACUUUUACCUAAAGCAUAGACUAACACAUGAAAAUUAUAAUUUAAUUACUUCGAAAAUAAUAACAUUAUUUCCACGCGAAUGCGCAUCAACAUAUUAUGUACCAGCUAUUUCAAAACGGCAUUCAAUUUCAAAUCGACCAAUAAUUGCCAAAGGGCGUUUGGUUGAUAAAUGCAGAAAUUUAUUAAGAAUUAGUACAGAAGAAAAGGAUCCAGAAGAAGAUAGUACUGACAAGACAAAUGAAUUUAAUGAUGAAGUAAAUAAUGAUAAAGUUUGGCUCUUUACAAGACACAGUCCAUGGGAUGAAGUUAUUCAAAAGUGGAAAAAUACUUUCUGCCUAAGAAGAAAUGUAGAAUAUAAAAAUAUAAGUACCUUUUUAGAAGACUGGCCAAUUCUUAAUAUUGCAACUGCUGAUGAAUUGAUUCCUGGAGAUAUUAAUCAAACCUUGGAAGAAAUAAAAAAUAAACAUUUACAAUGGAACCAAACCGUCCAACCUUAUGUAAUUGUUGAGGGACCUUCCAUAAAGGAUAUAACUGCUGCUUACGUAGUUGUUGAUAAAAUCCAAUAUAAAUUUACAAGCGUUCAAAAAGCAAUUGACGUUUGUUUUAAAGUUUUUCAUGUGUUUCAUGGUAAUUAUCCAGUGCAGUCCGAGCAUAUAUGGUUGCUAAUUCAAAAAGUCGUAUAUGCAGUGGAUACUCCCUAUGAUAAAAUAAUUCCAUUUGUUAUGGAUUUAAUCGAAAACUUAAAACAAUAAUUAAUAUAUGUUAAUGCAAUUUCAAUAAGACAGAAACAUUAGCCAUGCAGUGUCCACAUUGUAAUAAGUCGUUUGAUGAACCAAAACAAUUUAUUUGUCACUUAAAAAUAAGACACAAGAUUCAAAAUCGUUUUAAUUGUUUUCAAGGUGAUUGCAAACGUACGUUUUCUAACUCUUACGCUUUUAAAAGACAUCUUAUAUUAACACAUAUAAACAAUAAAAAUCAUUUGAGUAUUACUACAAAAAUUAAUAUAGAAAAUUCUGAGAAUAUUAUUAAUAGUAGUACAAAAACUGUUCCUAAUAAAAAUACUUUAACAGAAGAAUCUCCUCAUAAUUUGCCAGAAUUAGAUGAGAAACUAUCACCAUUGUCUUUUGCCAAUCUUAAAGAAAUCGAAAUAAAUUUUUAUAAAUUAUUACAAGAAAAUAUUGAAAAACUUAUUUCCAAAUUAUAUUAUUCAUUAACUCUUAAUAGGUCACUUGUCCAAAAAAUUAUUGAUUUAAUUUCCGAUUUAUUUUCAUGCGGUGUAUUAAAUAUAAUUGAAUCAUUACUAACUUAUCCUAUAAAAGAUUCCUUGG